AUGCCUGUAAGACAGCCGGAUGCGAUCCUCCGGGGCUCGGGGAAGAGGCGCCGGGGCCCAGGGGCUGAGAGCAAGCAGCCUGCCGGCUCAAAGACAAACUCUUCCCUGCCCAGGGCGCCCCCGGCCUGCAGCGCCAUGCAGCCUCGCAGCCCCUGGCUCCUGCUCCUGGUGUGCGUGGCUUCCUCCAACCCCACUGACUGGCGGUUUGCGCACCCGAAAACCCUCUACGCCUGGGAAGGAGCCUGUGUCUGGAUCCCAUGCUCCUACACCAUCCCAAAACAGAACACGUGGCUGGGGAACUUCACCCUCUACCACAACCCCGAGUAUGACAACGUCACCAAGAGCUACAGGGGGACGGUCCUGUAUCACCACACGCAGACGGAGGAGCUGCAGGUUCACCAGGGAAGGGUAAAGUUCCUGGGAGACAAACAGAGAAACUGCACCCUGAGCAUCCGACCGGUGCACGUGACAGACAGCGGGCAGCUGGGGUUCAGGAUGACGUCCGGUACCGACAAGUGGAUGGAGGAGAUGAGCCUCAAUGUGUCUGAUCAGCCCCUUUCACCUCACAUCCAGCCCCCUCCAGAACUCCGCGAGUCCCGCCAAGUCACUCUGACCUGCUCGCUGAAUUUCUCCUGCCCCGAGGACCCGAUGGAGCUGCGGUGGUCCCUGGAGGGCACCGUGGCCUCCUCCACCAUCCUCUCCACCGCGUCAGUCCUCACCCAGAGCCAGCUCACAUUUGAGCCGCAGUGGACUCACCACGGGCAGAACCUCACCUGCCGGCUCUGGAACUCCACAGCAGGACGGGCGCUCUCCGAGAAGACGGUGCAGCUGGACGUGAAGCACGUCCCGAAGUUGAAGAUCAUCGAGGUCAGUCCCAGUGAAGCCACUGUCCUGGAGGGGGCAUCUGUGACCAUGGUGUGCCAGGUCACCAGCAGCAACCCAGACUACCAGGCUAUAUCCUGGCUCAAGGAUGGGGCUCCGCUGAGUGCGCAGACGGCGCUCACGCUGACUCUGCCCAAGGUGACCAAGGAGAUGAGCGGCAAGUACUGCUGCCAGGCCUCCAAUGAGCUGGGCCCAGGAAAGUCGGAAGAAGUGACCCUCAAUGUGUUGUAUGCACCGGAACCUUCCAGGGUCCAGAUCCGCCCUUUGCCAGCUAGGGAGGGAAGACUAGUAGAGUUGAGUUGUAUCUCACGGGCCAAUCCUCCGCCCACCAAUUACACCUGGUUUCACAAUGCGAGAGAGCUGGUGGGAAGCACAGAAGAGAAAUUGCAGAUCCCAAGCGCCCUCCUCUCGCACGCUGGGAAGUAUUCCUGCGUGGCAGAGAAUAGCCUGGGGCCAGGGCAGAUUGGCCCGGACGCUGAGCUGGACAUUCAGUAUCCGCCCAAGGAAGUGACCACAGUGAUUCAAAACCCCACACCCAUCCGCGAAGGAGACAGCGUGACUCUCUCCUGCAUCUACAACUCCAGCAACCCCACGGUUUCCCAUUACGAUUGGAAGCCCCUAGGACCUUGGGAGGAGCCAUCGCCUGGGGUACUGAACAUUCACAGUGUGGCCUGGAACGCCGAGCCCGUCGCCUGUGCCGCCUGUAACACCUGGUGCUCCUGGGCUCCUUCGGUCAACCUGGAUGUACAGUAUGCCCCCAGAGGUGUGAAGAUCUGGCGAUCGGUGCAGUCCGAGGUUCCCGCUGGCCGCCGCGUCACCCUCCGGUGCAACUUCUCGGGAAGCCGCCCUACCGAAGUGCGCUUCUCUUGGAAGAAAAACGGGAGCCCUCUGCAGGCAGGGCAAGAGCUGAGCUUUGAUUCCAUCACCCCCGAAGACGCCGGCAACUACAGCUGCUCGGUCAACAACUCCGUCGGCCAGCGUUCGUCUGAGCCCUGGACGCUGCGAGUGCUGUAUGCGCCGCGCAGGCUGCAGGUGUCCAUGGUCCCAGGGGACGCGGUGAUGGAGGGGAGCAAGGUGGCCUUGACCUGUGAGAGCGACGCCAACCCUCCCGUGUCCCAGUACGCUUGGUUUGACUGGAACAACCAAAACUUGCAGCACUGGGACAAGACGCUGAAGCUCGAGCCCACCACGGUGGAACACUCGGGCGCCUACCGCUGCCGGGGCAGCAACUGGCUGGGCAUGGGCGAGUCACCCCCCAGCACCCUCACCGUCUACUACAGUCCAGAGACCAUCGGCAGGCGCGCGGCCGUGGGAAUCGGGUCCUGCCUAGCUCUCCUCGUCCUGGCCAUCUGGGUGGUCAAACUUCGGCAAAACUGGAAGAGGAUUCGGAGCCAGCAGGGGCUUCAGGACAAUUUCAGCGGUCAGAGCUUCUUUGUCAGGAAUCCAAAGGUCAGAAGAGCCCCCCUCUCCAAUGGUCCCCACUCCCUGGGGUGCUACAACCCGGUGAUGGAGCACGGCAUUAGCUACGCCACCUUGCGCUUCCCCGAGAUGGACACGCCUAGCACAGGAGACGCAGGGACAGCGGAGGUGCAGAGGCUGCCCCUAAGCAGCGAGGACACAGUCACUUAUUCGGUGGUGCAGAAGCGCCGAGUGGCUGACUACGAGAACGUGACUCCGGAUUUGCCAGAAGACGAGGGGAUCCAUUACUCAGAGCUGGUUCAGUUUGGGACUGGGGUGCGACCACAGACCCAGGAAGAAGUGGAAUACGUGACCCUCAAGCAAUGA